AUGCAAAAGCUAUGGGGCGAUGAAGAAGACGGGGAAGUGGACGAAGACGAUGAGGAUGAGAAUACUUUCAGUUUCAAAGAUGGGGUUAAACCUUUGGAAUUUGUGGAAGACGAUGCUUUUGGUGAAGAAGUUUAUGAGCAGUUUGUGGGCAUGGAUUAUGAGGCUCUAGCUGAAAGAAAGAGAAAAGCACUUGAGGAUAGUCGGCCUGAAGGUUCUGUUAAGAAGGCCAGGCAUAAGGAUGUUACUGGAGCAAGCAUGGAGGAAAUAAUGGAGGCCAUGAAUUAUGGUAUGCAAUGGAGAAUAAGGAAGCCCAAGAAAAAAGGUAGACGGAAAGGAUCAAAGAAGAAACUUACUCCUGAGAUUACUCGAAGGCUUGGUGAAGCUACUCUUCACUACGUACAUGGACAUUAUGAAGAGGCCAUACCCAUCUUGGCAGAAAUUGUUAAGCUGGCACCAGAUUUGCCCGAGACGUAUCAUACACUUGGACUUGGCCAUGAUAAUCUUGGUAAUGAAUUGAAAGCCUUGAAUUGCUUCACAAUUGCUGCACUUUUAGCACCAAAAAAUCCAGCUCUUUGGGAACUGCUCUUUGGCUGGUUCAAUAGACAAGGCAACACUCAUAAAGCCAUUUAUUGCCUUUCAAGAGCAAUAUCAGCAGAUCCUAAAAAUAUUUAUCUGAAAUUGGGUCGUGCGUCACUCUAUGUUAAGCUCGGAGACUAUCAUAAAGCUGCUGCAUCGUAUGAACAGAUAGUACAAGCCUGUCCUGAUAAUGUUGAAGCACUCAAGACAGGAGCUGUGAUGUAUGACAGAAGUGGUCAGCAUGAGCAUUCUAUUCAUAUUCUGGAGGCUUAUCUCAGAGAUCAUCCAACCAAAACUGAUCCUAGUGUCAUUGAUCUGCUAGCUUCCAUACUUAUGGAAAAUAAUGCACAUAAUGAAGCAAUUCUGCAUAUUGAGCGUGCACAACUUGAAUCUGCCAUGCUUACCUUGGAAAUAUGGAGAAGGCAGAAACUCUUUAGUGCUCUUGAACAGCAGAGUGCAGAUCAUGCUGACUUGAUUGCUAAAGUCGCAGACUCAUUUAUGAGUCUUGGGCAUUAUAAUUCUGCAUUGAAAGUACAGGCAAUUUUGUGGUUCUAUGAAGCUGUGAAGACACUUGAAGAUAAUAUUGAGACCCGAUUAACAUUGGCUUCUAUUCUUCUUGAGGAAGCCAGAGAAGAUGAAGCCAUUUUGUUGCUAUCUCCUCCAAAAAAUCUAGAUCGCUUUGAAGCCCAAACAAAUAAAUCAGAACCAUGGUGGUGUAAUGGAAAAGUGAAACUGAAGCUUUGCUACAUUUACAUAGCUAAAGGGAUGCGCAAGGAAUUUGUGGAUGCAAUCUAUCCUUUGGUACAUGAGUCGUUACGCAUCGAAUCACUUCAGCAGAAGGUGAAAGUGAAAAAGAGGCACACAAAAAGUGUUCUGUUAGAAAGAGCGAAAGUCCUGGAUGAUCACCAAACAGAUAACCCAUUAUGCAGAUCUAGACCAGUAGCUCCUGCAUCAGAUCUGCUGAAAGCUACCAGAGCGAAGAAGUUGCUUCAAAAGAAGGCAAAAGUAAAGGAAGAAAGGAGAGCUGAGGCAAUGGCUGCUGGAGUUGACUGGCAAAGUGAUGAUUCAGGUGAUGAUCCUCCAGAAGAAAUACACCAAGAACCUCCCCUGCCAGAUCUUCUCACGGAUAAAGAGAAUCAUGGCCUUAUAAUAUAUUUGUGCAAGUCACUGGCUUCCUUGCAUAUAGAUAUUGCGAAGCAUUGGAGAUUAUAA